CCGCCCUUAGUCAUCUGUAGAACGGUUUCCGGGGUGAAAGGUCGUUUUCUGUCGCUUCUGAAGAUGGCGAUGAUCGCGUUGUAGUGUCAGCUGGUGGUCGCGUUUCGGUCGGUACAAGGAGGCUGUCGGUUCUGCAUCUUCCGCAGAGCUGUAGUCCGUACACUCGCAGCAAUGGCUGCCGUCGGUCUGAAGAGAGAAGGUCCUCAGUUUAUCAGUGAAGCGGCAGUGAGGGGGAAUGCCGCUGUCCUCGACUAUUGCAGAACAUCUGUUUCUGCACUUUCCGGAGCCACCGCCGGCAUCCUCGGCCUCAGCGGCCUGUACGGAUUCGUCUUUUACUUCCUUGCCUCUUUUCUCCUCUCCCUGCUUUUGGUGUUAAAGUCUGGACGCAGGUGGAACAAAUAUUUUAAAUCGAGGAGGCCCCUUUUUACCGGGGGGCUCAUUGGUGGCCUCUUUACAUACAUCCUGUUCUGGACCUUCCUAUACGGCAUGGUGCACGUGUACUGAGGUCUGCCGUGUGGAUCUGCCUUUCAGGAACACUCUUUUUAAAUGAAAUUCACAGACCCCUGCCCAAGAAUGAAUCUGACCCAGAGCGUUCCUUCUCAAUGAAUUCUUCUGCCCGGUUUCUGUUAGUAACUUAUCAGUUAUGUCCUCUUUCCUCCAUUAAACCUGUUCUAGGCUUCUGGAUUUACUC